AUGGUUGAGGAGGCUAUAAAUAAUGAUCUUGUACUUAAGUCUGAAAGUUAUUCAGCUGUAGAUUGUAUUAAAGAACAAGACAAUAAUAUGUCUUUUGAAAAAGAAGAAUUAAAUAAAACAUCCAGUUCUUGUUCUUUUAAUACUAUUGAUACCAAUAACGUGACUAGACGUUUUCCUCCAAACCAAUUCUUGAAGUUUUCGACACUAACUUUGAUCCCAGGGAAACCUAGGAAAUGGAAAAAAGUACUAAGAAGAACUGGAAGUACAAGUGGUGCUGCAUGGCUAUAUAGAUGGGAAUAUAUACCUGAAAGUAUUGAUAAUGUCUUUAUGGAGAAUCUUGAGCUUGUAGCCAGGGGAAUUAUUGGACCACGUAGGACAGGAAGGACAACACGAGCAGUAUCUUUUCAGCUUCGUGAGACUUCUGGUUCAAAUAUCAGUACUAUGUACCAUGAGUCAGAUGGAAGUUUUGAUUAUACAAAUCAAAGCUAUUUAGCAAAUUCUACAGAUAUGAAAGUAUCUCUAUAA